GCCCUUCUUCCCCACUUGCACAGGAACAGGAGAAUGUGCACCGCGCGACAAUGGCUGUCACUCAGUUGCACACAUCAACACUAGCUUAGUAGCUAGGUUCCCCAAUCCCAUCUCUUUUGGUUCCGACGUCACGCGCCGCCAUGGACGGACGGACGGCGCCUACAAGUAAACCUCCGCGACAUUUAUCGAGUGUGCAAGUAGCGCACAGAAGCAUCCAGGAGCAGUCAUCAAGCUAAGCCGAAGCCGAGAUCGAACGCCAAUAAUGGCACCAGUUGGGGAAUGGCUGCCGUGCAUCUCCACGCUGGCUUGCUGCCUCUUGGGCUUGGUGCUCUACUUCUACGCGCCCUACUGGGGAGUCCGUCGGGUGCCGGGGCCUCCAGCGCUGCCGCUCGUCGGGCACCUGCCGCUGCUCGCCCGGCACGGGCCCGACGUCUUCGGCCUCCUCGCCCAGAAAUACGGCCCCAUCUUCAGGUUCCAUCUGGGAAGGCAGCCGCUGGUGAUCGUGGCGGACCCGGAGCUGUGCAAGGAGGUCGGGAUCCGGCAGUUCAAGAGCAUCCCCAACCGGAGCACGCCGUCGCCGAUCGCCGGCUCCGCGCUGCACCAGAAGGGCCUCUUCUUCACGCGGGACGCGCGGUGGUCGGCCAUGAGGAACGCCAUCCUCUCGCUCUACCAGCCGUCCCACCUCGCCGGCCUCAUCCCCACCAUGCAGCGCUGCGUCGAGCGCGCCGCCGACACCAUAUCCACCGUCAACGACGGCGAUUUCGACUUCUCCGACCUCGCGCUGAAGCUGGCUACGGACGUGAUCGGCCAGGCGGCGUUCGGCGUGGACUUCGCGCUCUCGGCGCCCCCGGCCGGCGACGGCACGAAGGACGCCUCGGCGGCGGAGUUCAUCGCGGAGCACGUGCAGUCCACCACGUCGCUGAAGAUGGACCUCUCGGCGUCGCUCUCCAUCGUGCUGGGCCUGGUCGCGCCGGCCCUGCAGGAGCCCGCGCGGCGGCUGCUGAGCCGGGUCCCGGGCACGGCGGACCGGCGGACGGCCCGGGCCAACGAGCGGCUGCAGGCCAGGGUGGAGGAGAUCGUGGCGAGCAGGGAGCAGCAGAGCCUGCAGAGGCGAAGGCAGAAGAGCCAGAUUUCCAAGAGGGACUUCCUGUCGGCGCUGCUCGACGCCCGGGACGGCGGGGACGGGAAGAUGAGGGAGCUGCUGACGCCGGUGUACGUGGGCGCGCUCACCUAUGAGCACCUCCUGGCCGGCUCCGCCACCACGUCCUUCACGCUCGCCUCCGCAGUCUACCUCGUGGCCGGCCACCCGGAAGUCGAGGCCAAGCUGCUCGCCGAAAUCGACCGCUACCCUCCCGCCGCCGUGCCGACCGCCGAGGACCUCCAGCAAAAAUUCCCUUACCUCGACCAGGUGAUAAAGGAGGCGAUGCGGUUCUACACGGUGUCGCCGCUGAUCGCGAGGGAGACGUCGCGGGAAGUGGAGAUCGGGGGCUACGCGCUCCCCAAGGGGACGUGGCUGUGGCUGGCGCCGGGGGUCCUGGCGCGUGACCCGGCGCAGUUCGCCCCCGACCCCGGCGCGUUCCGGCCGGAGCGGUUCGAGGCGGGGAGCGAGGAGGAGAAGGCACGGCACCCGUACGCGCAGAUACCGUUCGGGCUCGGGCCUCGGGCGUGCGUGGGGCAGCGGUUCGCGCUGCAGGAGGUGAAGCUGGCCAUGGUGCACAUGUACCGGAGAUUCGUGUUCCGGCGGUCGCCGAGGAUGGAGUCGCCGCCCGAGUUCCAGUUCGGGAUGGUGCUCAGCUUCAGGCACGGCGUCAAGCUCAGGGCCAUCAAGAGGCUGACGCGCAAUGAGGCCGUCUAGAUGUAACGUCGUUGCCACUUGCGAGGAUGGAGCUUGAUUCUUGUGGGAAUCGGAUUGUUUUCUCGUAGAAUCAGACUAUCGGCUUGGUAUGCGUUCCCCCGUCAGGCAAACUGUGUCCCUGAUGCUCCAAGCUCCAUGAGGCUCAUGCUCAGAAUUUUCUCAACAGAAAGAAACAAAAAUUGCUCAGGAUGA